UUAAAUGAAGUUGCAACUUUCUCUCAUCACUGUGCCAUGAAUCUACAUCAGAAAAUUCUUUUACAGCAGUUGUAUGAUAGUAAUGCAUCUACUUGUAUUAUUAUAUCAGCUGUUAACAAAAUUAAUAAUGGUGAAAUAAUUCUCUUAAAAGAUAUUGUAAAUGAAUGUGCUUGUAUUAGACUUGCUUUAAAUAAAGAUUAUAAUAAUAAUUCUACUCAAACAUUAUUAAAACUUUUUGAAGAGUAUAAUUAUGUAGUUGUGCCUUAUAAAAUGGCAAAAGAAUAUUUAACACAUCUUUUCUUUUUUCAUAUUGAAGUUGCUAAGUGUGUUGGCAGGUGUUCAGAGGUUUUAAUUGUAAACUCUAUAUAUAAACCAAAUAUUUAUAAAUAUCCUCUUGUUAGUACAGUUGGCAUUAAUAAUAUUAGUAAUGAAAAAGGUGUACUAGCAACUUACCAAAUCGCAAUUGCUUUGAUUAAAGAUGAAAGUGAAAUAUCAUAUACAUGGUUUCUUCAAACACUUCGUACCAAAAUUUAUGAUGCUUAUGGGUACUUACUAGAUAUAGAGGUUGAAGCUUUGCAGCUUACAGAAACUGAAAAUAAGAUUUCUCAUUUUUUGGAUGCAGUUAAAAAGGCUGCAAAAAAAGCAAACUCUUCUAAAAAAGUAGUAUUAUAUAUUCAAACAUAG